AUGCGGUCUAGGGUCAAUGACAGAACGGGUGGGAUCGAAGGUGAGGUUCUUGUAAGGGAUCACCAGCACGGGCACGACCUCGUUGGUGACGGCAGUAACCUGCAGGCGGCGGACAGCACGCUGUUGUGGACGGCGUUUUCUGACGCCGCGGAGCACCGCAGCGCGGCUUCGAAGACGGCGACGGCGCCGGCGAGUGUGUCGCAGGGCUUGUUCGCUUCCGGGCAGUUGCACUGUGGCAACGGAGGCGUCGUGGACAAUGUCCGAGCUGGAGUUACUGCCGCGAAGCCGUUGAGUGCUUUGGAAAAGCUAGCUACUUCAGAAGUGAACGCUGGAGUUGCGCUGCGACGUGUGCUCCAGCGAGUUGCUACUGAGCUCUUUCCGAAGCACUGGAACCAGGCUGUUGCGCGAUAUGCUGCAGAGCUUAAUCAAGUAAGCGCUGAGCACACCAGAUCAUUGACAGAUCUUUGGGCUUUUCUUCUCUACAACGGCAUACGCGCUCUCGAGCAGAGCGUACUCCUAGUCAGUGGAGCCCAAGGGCAGCAAGUAUUUAUCGAUCUUUCAGUCCGUAAUACAUGUAUUACGGGAGAUAUCAUUUGGUUCUUUAUUGCGGAGUGCCUCUACCUUGUAGGCAAGUAUGCAGAGAGUCUCGUUCGCCUUGUGUCGGAGGUGGAUAUCUCUGGUCAACCGAUUGGCAAUGAGGAGGCUUCGCGGCUUGUCCUGGCUUUGAGAAGCUGGCCGUGCAAUGGGCAUCGAACUGUUCGGUUUGUUGCCUGUAGUUUGACUGGGUUCUGGCUCUCGGAUGAGACGAGCAUGCAGUGCCUGCAGAUGCUCAAAGCAGAGCACAAAUUCGGGAUUCGUGAGCUGGUUCUGAACCACUGCCCCGUCGCGCAUCCAAGUGCAACGAACACCGCCGGCCUCCUCGAUGGCGUUCAAAUUCUUCAUCUGGCAUCGACUAGAAUUCGCAGCAUGUGGAGUCUCGCAGAGAUCGUGCGUACGCUCAGCACAACCGUGAGACACUUGUGGAUCGAUCAGCCACCGCUUAUCGUACCGCGCUGGCACGUCAUACCGUCACUCAAGGCUUGGAAGCGAACAAGAUCCGGUGUGCACGCAUCUUCUGACUCUUCAGAGGCACAAGAGCCUCUGGAAACGCAUACCCGCGCACAUAAGCUCGCCGUUUGGACACCGCGUCUUCGCUCGUACUCUCGGGCAGUCUCUGGUGCGACAUCGCCGGCCGCUGCAGGCGCGACGUCGUCGCCUGCAGGCGCCCAGACGAUGGAAGGUGCAGUUGACGACGAGCUGCAGACGAGGCGACUGCGGGCAGCUCCGAUCGCCCGGCAAAUGGCGGCGUCUCCUAACCCGGUAGUCCAUGGAGUAUAUCCAGAAACCACGGGUAAUCUGAUGCUGUGGUCGGAUCGCAGUGCACAAGCAGAAGUAGCGGAAUCCAAGCUCGAGAUUUUUCUUACGGUUCAGGUGCCAACGCUUGAAUCCCUCAAUGGUACUCCGUUGAACAAGGAAACGCGGAGCAAAUACGCUGAAUACUUUGAUACGGGUCUAUCAGGCUUCGGGCAUGAGCGUCAGAGCCAUAUUGUUUCCCGCGUCGAAGCACGAGAGAACGGAAGUGAUCACGCGAAAGGCCCGAGACGCGGAUUUGGUAUGGGGAUCCUUGAGCGGAUCGCUCCUCUCCGUCUCCGCUACGAUAGACCGCGAGCGCGUCUCGUAUUGCCGCCGUCAUAUCGACCGCGGCAGUUUGAGUACCACCCAUCGGUACCGGGUCGCGUUGCAGUGGGCACACUCCAAGGGACCGUACUAUUCAUGAAUACGAGCGCCUCCGGGGAGCCGCUGACGGAGAUUUCUCUCACUGGAUCCAUCCCACAAGCUCGAGCGCUUUUUCCGACGUCGAGUGAUGUUUAUCAUUGGCGGGACGCAACUACCCACCGCGGCACUGUGCUGGGGCUUUGUUGGCUACGGCAGCAUCCGGAGACGCUUCUUGCCGGUGCCGAUAACGGAGCUGUGGGGCUGAUUCGCUUUGCGGAGGAUGAAGGCUCCUUGGCACACACACUGAGCAGAUUCCCGGAGUUUGUGGGACUCACUUCACUGCACGCAAACGCUUCCGAUGAAAUGUUCAUCACCAGCGGCUACUCGAUCGACGUUGCUUUGUACGAUAUUCGCAAGCAGCAGCAGAUUCGACUGUUUCAUGCUUGCCAUCGCAAGCAUAUUAACGUCGUGAAGUUUAGUCAUCACGCGCCGACGAUAUUCGCUACCUGCUCAUUUGACAAGGGCGUUGCGCUCUGGGAUACUCGCGAACAAUCGCCUAUCUAUCGACGGCAGAUGCGUCGUGGUAACGUGAUGAUUUGUUUCUCUCCCGACGACUCCCGGCUGCUCGUUUCCGGUGAAGAUAACCAAGUUGUCCAGCUGGAAACCUAUUCCGGACGGACGAUGAAUGUGCUGUCGAUCGAUACACGUGGCUGUACGGCGAAUUACACUCGCUCCUAUUAUAUGCGCUGUUUUGAAACGGAUUUUAUCAUUACGGGCUCUUGCGAGGAGAGCAUCGUCCGAAUUUUUCAGGCGGAAACGGGUAAGCAGCUUUGUGAUGUGGAAAUGGAUUGCAUCCGGGAGCAGCUCGCUGAGCCUUUGGCCACGUUUCCCGAGGAGUUAACACGCUCUCGAGCGUUGCCGGGUGCAACUUUGCCCGUGCACCAUUCGUAUGUGCAAAGUCUGCGCCCGGAUCCGUUUCGGCCCUUUGCGUUCUCGACGCUACUCGCUUACUACCAGGUCAAUGUGUGUAGCGACAUCAUGGAAGUCAACCUUCUUGGGUGA